AUGAAUAACAUUACCGCAGAUGAGAUGACGCGGCUGCCGGAGACGAUAAAUUUUCCGGCCGAAGAGGAAAAAGUGCUUGGAUAUUGGCAGUCGGAGAAGGUGUUUGAAACGUGUCUGAAACAAUCGAGGGGAAAACCCAGAUACACGUUUUAUGAUGGACCACCGUUUGCCACGGGUCUCCCGCAUUACGGACACAUUCUGGCCGGAACGGUAAAGGACAUAGUGACGCGUUAUGCCCACCAGCAGGGCUACCACGUGGAACGACGGUUCGGUUGGGAUUGCCAUGGGUUGCCGGUUGAGUACGAGAUUGACAAAACGCUCAACAUCCGCGGACCGGACGACGUGGCAAAGAUGGGCAUCAAGGCGUACAACAACGAGUGCCGCAAGAUUGUGAUGCGUUAUGCGAACGAGUGGGAGCAAAUCGUGGGCCGGAUGGGACGGUGGAUCGAUUUCAAGAACGACUACAAGACGCUCUAUCCGUGGUACAUGGAGUCCAUCUGGUGGGUGUUUAAGCAGCUGUACGUGAAAGGAUUCGUGUACCAGGGCGUGAAGGUAAUGCCAUACUCGACCGCCUGUACAACGGCCCUGUCGAACUUUGAAUCGGGCCAAAACUACAAGGAGGUAACGGAUCCGGCCGUGUUUGUGUCGUUCCCGCUUGUUGGCGAUAAGGAUGGUGCGGCACUGGUCGGGUGGACGACCACUCCCUGGACAUUGCCCUCGAAUCUGGCCUGCUGCGUACAUCCGGAGCUGGUGUAUGCGAAGGUCCGUGAGACUAAGACGGGCAAGGUGUACGUCAUGAUGCAGUGUCGUAUAGAGUCGCUGCUGAAGGGGCCGGAGAAUUAUACCGUGCUCGAAAGUUUCCCUGGUUCGAAACUGGCUGGUUUAAAGUAUGAGCCACUGUUUGAUUAUUUCAAAAAGUACGAAAGUGUAGGAUUCCGAGUGCUUACUGAUACGUACGUAACGGAGGAAUCUGGUACGGGUGUGGUCCACCAGGCUCCUUAUUUCGGUGAGGACGAUUACCGCGUUUGUCUGGCGCAUGGAGUGAUCAAGCGUGAUCAGGAGAUUGUUUGUCCCGUUGAUGCGAGCGGUAAGUUCGUAGAGCCGGUGGCCGAUUUCGCUGGCCAGUACGUGAAGGAUGCGGAUAAGGCCAUCGUUAAGCUGCUGAAGGAGCGUGGUCGAUUGGUGUUGGCAUCGCAGGUGAAGCACAACUACCCGUUCUGUUGGCGAUCGGACACACCGCUCAUAUAUAAGGCCGUUCCGUCAUGGUUCGUGCGUGUGGAGCACAUGAACAAACAGCUGUUGAACUGUAGCUCCCAGACCUAUUGGGUGCCGGAGUAUGUGAAGGAAAAACGGUUCGGCAACUGGUUGAGGGAUGCGCGCGAUUGGGCCAUCAGCCGCAACCGGUACUGGGGAACACCGAUCCCGCUGUGGAUUUCACCAGACGGGAAAGAAAUCGUGUGCGUUGGUAGUAUCGAAGAGCUGGAACGGUACUCGGGUGUACUGGUGACCGAUCUGCAUCGCGAGAGCAUCGAUCACAUUGAGAUACCGUCGGCUGUUCCCGGAAAUCCACCGUUGCGGCGUGUAACGGAGGUGUUCGAUUGUUGGUUCGAGUCGGGCUCAAUGCCCUUCGCCCAGAGCCACUAUCCAUUCAAGAAUCCGACCGAGUUUCUGAACAACUUCCCGGCCGAUUUUAUCGCGGAAGGCAUUGAUCAGACGCGCGGUUGGUUCUACACGCUGCUCGUGAUCUCGACUGCGCUAUUUAACAAGGCACCGUUUAAGAAUCUGAACGUUACGGGGUUAGUGCUGGCAGCUGAUGGGCAGAAAAUGUCCAAGCGCAAGAAGAACUAUCCGGAUCCGAUGGAGGUGGUCAAUAAGUAUGGUGCGGAUGCGCUGCGGCUGUAUCUGAUCAACUCGCCCGUCGUGCGUGCGGAGAACCUUCGCUUCAAGGAGGAGGGAGUUCGGGACAUCAUUAAAGAUGUGUUCCUGCCAUGGUUCAAUGCGUUCCGCUUCCUGUUCCAGAACGUUGAUCGGUUCCAGAAAGAGGAAGGCAUUUGCUACCGGUACGAUGCGGUACGACACGCCGAGAAACGUUCCACCAACGUGAUGGACGUGUGGAUCAUCUCUUUCAAGGAAUCAUUGCUGAAGUUCGUGACGGAAGAGAUGAAGGCAUACCGGCUCUACACGGUAGUGCCACGAUUGACCAAGUUCAUCGAUCAGCUCACGAACUGGUACGUGCGCAUGAACCGAAAGCGCAUCAAGGGCGAGUACGGUGUGGACGACUGUUAUCACGCACUGGACACGCUGUACGAUGUCCUGUUGGCGAUGGUGAAGAUGAUGGCGCCCUUCACACCCUACCUGACCGAAUUUAUGUACCAACGGUUGCGAUUGCUCUCGAGCGAACCGAUGGACGGUAGUGUCCACUAUCAGAUGAUGCCGGCCUCGAACGGACGGUACAUUAACGUGCCAAUCGAACGCGCCGUUGCGCGGAUGCAGGCGGUGGUUGAGCUGGGCCGAGUGAUGCGCGAUCGACGCACGAUGCCGAUCAAGUACCCGCUAACGGAGGUGAUCGUGGUGCACCAGAGUGAGCAGUAUUUGGCCGAUGUACGCUCGCUGGAAGCUUUCAUACUGGACGAAUUGAACGUGCGCCGUAUUACGCUCAGCUCCGAGCGGCAACGGUAUGGCGUUACGAUGCGUGCCGAGGCCGAUCAUAAGACGCUCGGGGUGCGGCUAAAGAAUGACUUCAAGCAGGUGCUCGGUGCAAUCAAGCAGCUGUCCGAUGCGGACAUUACGCGUCAGCUGGCCCAAGGCCACUUCGACAUUGCCGGCCAUCGGGUGGAGCUGGAGGAGAUCCGACUGAUCUAUCAGUUCAGCGGUGGGAACGAUUCGUUCGAAGCGCACAGCGAUAACGAUGUGCUCGUCUUGCUCGAUAUGACCCCGAACGAGGAGCUAAUGCGCGAGGGUACGGCACGCGAGAUCAUCAACCGCAUUCAGAAGCUAAAGAAGAAGGCUAAGCUCAUCCCGACCGAUCCGGUCCUGAUCUACUACACCGUGAGCGGUGGUGACAGUGAGGUGCGCAGUGUGGCCGAAAGUCAUCGCAGCUUCAUCGUGGGUACGGUAAAGUCUCCGUUCGCACCGUACGAACUCGCAGCUGCAUCGAAACCCGUGUUGAUCGAAGAAUCGCAGGAGCUCAAGGGUAUUACGCUUACCAUUACCAUAUGCUCGCCGCAGGACCGUGAGGUUCCGACUGUCCCUUGGGUGAAUCUACAGCUCGAUGAAGCCCUUGCUCCCCGCUAUCAGCCACAACCACCGUCUCGGAAAGCUUCGUUGCUGCUAACGGGCCGUCUAACCGGAGCGCCACUAACGUUCGAGCAGUUGCACCAAGAGGUUGUGACGCUUUUUGGGCUAAAGGACGUGCAGUUCAAUGUGCUCGCUGGAUCCGAUGGUCGACGGGUGGAAGCCGGCAACUAUAAUCCGAAGGUGCUGCAUCAACAGACACUGUACGUGACGCUAGGGAAUAGCUUACCGGCGACGGGCUGGACACCGUCACGCAUGCCCUACGUCGCCUUUCGCAACGUACAGACCGCAAAUGGACGCAAAACAACCGUGUUCGAAGAGAAUCCGGUUGGCGUAAGGCUACCGGUACCAGCACUAUAA